AUGUACGAGCAGGAAACGGAUGGACGAGGAUACUUGGUGUACCGAAACCGCUAUAACGGAAGGGAAGAGCAAGAUAACCCGAAUCUGCUGCUCGUUCUUCUCACAAUCAACGAGAAGCAUGCCGCCUCGCGUUACAGCACCUACCGUUGCGCGGGCAAAUUGUAUGAUUUGCAGAAAGCCCUUCAUACUUCCACCAUUCCCUUCGAGCUAGUUUGCUCUAUUUUAGAUCGACAUCAGCUGAACUUAAUCGACAGUGCACCUUCGGUGAAGCCGGCCCCGCUUACAGCUGCCAUCCACGAUAUCUACUUUGCUGCCGCUCGCAUGGGGUACUUUGACGAGUUAACGACGACGCCGGACCCCAGCAUGGCGUCCGCUCUUCUGGCCAGCUUUCUUUGGGCUGUGUUCGAUCCACGGCGCGCGACCCCAAUAUCGGUUCUCGAACUGCGCCAAACGUUUCUGCUAUUGUGUGAUCAUCCGCACCAUACGCAGCUCGUCCUAGAGCACUUUAGGCUUGCGAGCGACCAUAAUCUGUGCGUGUCACGGCAUCGGUUCGAGACAAUGCUUGGCGUAUUAUCGAAACUACUCGCUUACCUUGGCGAACCCGAUCACCUGCGGCCGACGAUGGUGCAGCAAAUUACGGCUGAGUGCUUCGCCAGCUAUCCCGGCCUGGUUGGCCUUACCGAGUAUCAAUUUUCCUGCCUGUGGAAGCUAUCGUCGCUAUUCUCGUACUACUCGAACGUGGUAUCACUGUGCCGGCGGUUCCGUGAUACCGAAGGCGUCGUGCAUGGCGGUGCACCGUGCACUGGCUGCCAUUUCGUUAUUCGUGGUUUGCGUUUCCAGUGCCAGCGCUGUCGUGGCGUGUCGUUGUGCACCGACUGCUUCACGGCAGGUUAUUCCGACAAGCGACACAAUGUGUCGCACAAGAUGUACGAGAUCAGCGGUGACGAUCGCGAUGGUUCAUGGUGCACCGCGUGGUUGGGGGCUGUUUGGCGCUGGUUUACAAAUCGUGGAACGAUAAAGCGAGAACCAGCUACCACCGUCCCCUCAACAUUCGAUAAUAUCGAUGCGAAGCUGAUCGACACCAAGGCGGUCGAGCUAAUGGGCAGCGCAGCACCAAAUGAGAGCUCUGUAGGUCAGCUACCAACGGACGCAUCGAUGGCCGGCUUGCUGCUGCUGGGCCGAUCCAUAUCGCGUAACCGCAGCUCUACUAUGCGUCGUAAUGUGAGUGGUUUCAUUGUCAGCAACUGCAACGACGAGAUGGCGGAACGUAGAAAGUUGAUUAUGAAAUUGAGCAACGUGACAGAUGCGCUCGAGGAACAGCACAAGCUCGGUGCGAAGCAGCUAUCUGAAUGGAAGAAUAGUUUAGCCGAAGAGGAGCGGCGGUGCAGCAAUGAGAUGCGCAUUUUCUUUGACAAACACUUGCAACAGUUGCAUGAGCACUUGACCCAUUUGAAGCGGAUCCAUUCACAGCUACUGCAAUGGGGAGAAAGAGAAGGAGCUGCAGGAGGGGCACCACAAAGCUCCAGCACACCAUAUCGCAGUGCCGCCAGCGGCAUGGAAACCCGAGCAGAGGACGAUGCUGCAGGUUCGCAGAUCAAUACAACGAUUCCGAUGUGCGUAUCCGCCCGGGGAUCGGAUCGCGGACCGUCCAGUGCGAACCGUUUAAAUAAAACGGAUUUUUCGGUGCGUGACAUCAGCACAUGGUUUCAGGCCGAUCAACCAAUUUCGCUGACAAACAACGGCUGUAUAGAGGAGAAGAAAUCAGAUGGAGACCGUAGCACUGGAUUCAAUCGUACCGACGAUGAACGGUCGCGGAGGCUCGGCGAACGAUUGAGGCUCGACACCGAUCUGGUCAACUUUCGCGAGCUGCUAGUGAAGGUACGGGAGAUCGUCGACGACUCGUACAGCGACAAUACCGAGCUGGCCCACACAACGCAGCAGUUUGAGCGGGCCCUCGAUCAAAUCAUUGCUCAGGAAGAGUUAAAGAGAUCAAAGCAAAGUGUGGUGGCUGCUGGUGACGGUGCCGCCUUGUAGCUGUUUCUUCCUUCCAGACGAAU